UUGAGUGAAAGCAGUAGUAGCAGUAGUGAUAGCAGUUACAGUGAAGAAAGUAGUGAGGAAGAAAUGGAGUUAGAGAAAGAGUUAUAAUUAAGUGACGAUGAGUUUGAGAGUUUUCAGGAGGAAAGUUAUUUAAAAGAAGUGAAAAUGUCCGAGUUAGAUGAAUUUGAAAAAAAGAAAGAUGAACAGAAAAGAAAAAUGGAUCAAGAAAAAAAGGCAAGAAUUGAAAAAGAAAGGUUGGGGAGGGAAAAACAAAAGGAGGUUGAAAGACAAAUGAAAGAUACAGAAAAUAAUGAAAGGAAACAGAAGGAAGAAAAAGAAAGAAAAAGAGGAAAAAGAAAAGAAAGAAAAGAAGGAAAGAGAGAAAUAGAAAGAAAAGAUAACCUAGAGAAAGAAAGGAAGGAAAAAGAAAAGAAGGAAAAAGAGGAAAAAGAAAAAGGAAAAGAGGAGAAAGAUAGAAAGGAAAAAGAAAGAAAGGCGCAUGUUGAAAAAGAAGAGAAGGCAAGACAGGAGAAAUAUAAGAAGGAAAAAGUGGAGUUACAGAAAUAGAAGGAAGCAGAGUAGAAACAAAUAAAUGACGAGAAAAAUAUAAAGGAAGAGGAAAAUCAGAAAUCAAAGAAUGAGGAGAAUGAAAGGAAGGAAAAAGAGGAGAAAGAGAGAAAGAAAAAACAGGAAGAAAUUAGGAAAGAAGGGGCGAAAAAGGACAAAAAUGAGAAAGAAAGUAAGAAAAAGGAUUAAAAACAAAAAGAGGGGGAAAACAAGAGUAAGAAUGAG